UCUGUUGCAGCGCACGCUCGCGCCGCUGCCUCCACCGUCCUUCCGCCGACUGCCGCCACAAUGACGUUUGUCAAGAGUUCCACGUACCAGCUCUUCGAUCUCAGCAUGGGGGUUGCGAGCCAGUCGACGCAAUUCUUCUCGGUUGCGGACUAUUUGGUGUUUGGAGGGAUGCUGGCUGUAUCUACGGGCAUUGGGCUCUACCACGGCUGCCGCAAGAGAAAGGAGGCCAGUCAGGACAGGACGGGAGAAUUCCUCACAGGAAAUGGCCAGAUGAGCACCGUGCCAGUAGCACUAUCCAUGUUGGCGAGCUUUCUGUCCUCAAUAACAUUAAUGGGGCAACCAGCAGAAGUGUACCUUUUUGGCCCACAGCUGUGGUUGUUUGGAAUUGCCAUGCUACUCAGUAUUCCAGCAGUCUGCUACAUUUUUAUUCCAUUUUACCACAGAAUUAAAUGUACAUCAGCUUAUGAGUACUUUGGGACAAGAUUCCACAAAAAUGUGCAGCUCCUUGCAUCUGUUCUCUUCACAGCUCAGAUGGUACUAUAUUUAGCACUAGUACUUUAUGCACCUGCUGUUGCUCUCUAUCAAGUCACUGGCCUGAAGACUGAAAUAAUUGUUUCUGUGAUGUACAUAGUGGUUAUAUUCUACACAACAAUAGGUGGAAUAAAAGCAGUGGUAUGGACAGACUGUUUUCAAGUAUUUGUCCUCUUCAUCUCCAUGAUAGCAGUUCUUACAAAAGGAACAAUGGAUAUUGGUGGACCAGAAGUAGUGUGGAUGAGAAAUGCAAAAGCUGGUAGAACAGAGUUCUUCAAUUGGAAUUAUGAUCCUACAGAGAGAUACACAGUUUGGUCAUGUUUGAUUGGAGCAGGAUUUCUGCACAACACAGUUUAUGGUGCGAAUCAGUUGCAAGUUCAGAGGUAUCUCACUGUCAGAACUGUCAAUAAAGCAAGACAAAUGAUGUGGAUAAAUGUAGUUGGUUGGACAGCCAUUGUUUUCCUGACAGUGUAUGCAGGGAUGCUAAUAUUUGCAAGGUACCAUGAUUGUGAUCCUAUUACAUCACAGAUGGUGAAGAAACCAGAUCAGCUUUUUCCUCUUUAUAUAAUGGACACCUUGAGUGACUAUCCAGGAUUUCCCGGUGUUUUUGUUGCUGGGAUAUUUAGUGCUGGACUGAGUACUGUCUCAACUGGCCUGAAUUCCCUUGCUGCUAUAUGGUUUGCAGAGAUGGAUGGCUCAAAUUUUAAGAAGAAAUUGAAUCAGUCCAGGGCAGCAUUAACAGUAAAACUGCUUGCCUUAUUGUUUGGACUACUUUCAUUUGCUUUAGUGUUUGCUGUACCAUACAUGGGUGGUCUUGUGCCAGUUGCAGUGUCUCUAUCAGGAUUCUUUUCUGGAGCAUUAUUUGCUCUUUUUCUUUUGGGAAUGUAUGUUCCAUGGGUAAAUGCAGUGGGUGCAGCAGCUGGAAUGAUAUUUGGUAUUGGCAUACCAGCAUGGUUAGCUACUGGAAGCAACAUAGCAUCUGAAAAAGGGUAUGUCCCAAACAUGCUUCCUGUUUCAACGCAUAACUGUUCAAAGAAUACAACAAUUCUGCCACAAUAUGUAAGGAUUAAUGAUGAGAUUUUUUAUCCAUACAAAAUAUCAUUUCUUUGGUAUUCACUUAUCUCAAUCAUAUUGACACUUAUCUUUGGUUUGGGAGUCAGCUGGCUUUUCAAUUUUGAAUGUUUUCAAAGACAGAAACUGUGCAAUAUCAAACUCAGAAGCUUGACACAAAGAACAACAGAAAUGGAACAUCAAACUCUUUCUGCUACAAGUGAGGAGUCAAACAAAUUAUUAAUAGCAGAAGGCAACACUGACAAAGAUUUGUACAGACAGAGUUGAAAAUAUCUAGCACCUAAGGAAGAAAUAUUUGUGUGUGUGUGUGUGUGUGUUUAGUGCAAUUGUUUUUCUGACUCCUAGGUUAUGAGUAUAACUGUGUUGUUUACACAUAACUCUAUGUUGUUUGUGAAGAUAUGUUUUCAGUCUGUAACAAUAACGACCAAAAAUGUCAAUCUACUGUUGUAAUACAUAUCAACUAGCUUCCUUAUUAAUAGUAUAGUAGUAUUAUUAGUAUAAAACAGUUGUUUCCUGCUCAAAUUUUGUACAAAUUUUUUGUGUGACUGUGUGAUGAUAUGUGACAUUAGUAACUUAAUUCUUUUCAAUUACCUAUGAAACUGCCAGUCAAAUGCAAUGUAAAAAUAAAAUGGUAGCCCAUUGUAUGUAAUCCUGAGAUGAAAUUCAAAUGUGUAUUCUUGACAGUAUAAACAAUAUUUCAGAGGAAUUAUAAAUAUUUUAGUAGAACAGUUUUGUGUUAAAAAGUUCAUUUAACCAUAUAUCCAAGCUUGGUGGUUGCUGUAUUUCAGGAAUCUGAAUGUUUCACAUGGGAGGAAUACUACUACAACCAAUUGAGAUUCCACAGCUACAUUAUCAAAGCAGUCUGCCUCUUUUUCAUUUGCCAUUCUUUCAAUAACACUGGCAAUUCAUGUUGCAGGAAGUCUCAA